GAAAUGGCAAAUUUUACAUUAAUAACACUCAUAUAUGUGUAUUCGUUUAAACAUCAUCUGACUACCAGCAGAUUGAAAACAUAUAUACAUUUUUCUUAAUGCUACCAACAUUAUUUUCACUUAUAAAACAUGAUUUACUAGAACAAAGCAUAAUGUGAUCUUAUAAUUUGUUAAAUCAGUGCCUCAUAUGAUCUACUUAUCCUCUAUCAGCUAAUCAAAGGUACAUCUCAUGGUAGGGUAAAUAAUUCACCCGCUUAGGUUGACCUUGAACUAUGUGAAAUUGCCACUUCGAAUUAAUUAGAUAAAAAACCAACUGACCAAUCAUAGCAUAUAAACAAAUGCAACCAAUCAACUAGCAGUGAUUGGCCUAACUGAAAGAUUAAUACGAAAAUAUUGUUUCCUUGAUUAAAAUACAAAAUUAUGAGUGGAAAACUUGAUGGUUGUGUUUGCCUAGUAACUGGAGCUACACGAGGCAUUGGUAAAGGGAUUGCAAUUGAAUUGGGUCAAGCCGGGGCUAUUGUGUACAUUACUGGACGGACAUUAAAGCCAGAUAGCAGAAAUGUUGGAGGUUCUUUAGAGGAAACAGCGGAAAUCAUAACCAGUGCAGGCGGAAGAUGUAUACCUAUAGUCGUCGAUCAUACUGACGACAAUCAAAUCGCCAAGUUAUUCGAACGAAUUGAACGCGAACAAAAUGGUCGUCUGGAUAUUUUAGUCAAUAACGCUUUCAGUGCUGUUGGCUUCCUCUUAGAGAAUGUGGAUAAGCCUUAUUUUGAGAUUGACAGCAAAUCACCUGGUGAAGCAUGGGAUAUUAUAAACAGUGUUGGCCUAAGGAAUAAUUAUAUUUGUUGUGUUCUCGCCACAAAACUAAUGAUCAAGUAUCAAGAAAAAUUGAAAAAUCAGGGUGUUGGAACUGAUCACACUAGACCUGGAUUAAUUGUUAAUGUCUCUUCAAUUGGUGCUAAAGUGUAUUUCUUCAAUGUACCAUACGGAUCAGGUAAAGCUGCUCUGGACCGUAUGACAACUGAUAUGGCUUAUGAUUUAAAACGUACCAAGACUAAUAUAUGCAUCCUGAGCUUAUGGCCUGGUCCAGUGCGCACAGAAACUGUUGUAUCACAGGCAGCUGCAGGGACUUUAGAACUUGGAGAAAAUAUAGUUUUUAAUUAUGAUACUGCUGAAACACCACAGUUAUCUGGCAGAGUAAUUGUUGCACUGGCAAAUGAAAAACGCGACAAAUUGUUUUCAAGAGCUGGUCAAGUCAUUUUAACUUGUGAUGUGGCAGAUGAAUACGACAUCAAAGAACCGGACGGCAGGAAACCAAUCAAUCUGCGUUCAUUACAAUUUGCUGUUAAACAAAAAUACGCUUUGCUUAGCUAUUUCAUACCUGGAUUCCUACGUAUUCCGCUUAGUUUUGUGACAUAUUUCCUUAGUCGUGCGUAAAUAGUCGUUUAUGUUGCCACAAAAAAAAAGACAAACAACAAAAACAAAUUCAUUCUAAUAACACGUAACACAAUACUCAGGGAAGAAUUUGAUGCAAAACUUAUUUUGCUAUUCUAUUAAUAAGUGCUUCAUUUCAAAUGAAUACUGAUCAGUGCACCAUGGAUCAGCAUUUUUAAAAAGACUUCAAAGAAAUAAUUGUUUUUCCCUUUAAUUUCAGGUGUAAUAAAAUAACGGAAUCAUUUCUUUUU